AUGAUGCAAAAGUUGGUUGCUUUAUUUAUAAUUUUAAAUUUAUUAUUUAUUACUGCCCCCUUCAGUGAAGAUAAGCUUAUAAAUAAUAAUGAAUUUGUAACAGAUUUAUUCAGAAAUACAGUCAAAUUUUUGGAGAAAGAUGAUAACUUGAUAAUGUCACCAGCAUCAAUUUUUACGUUAUUGGGAUUAACAUAUUUCGGUGCUAAAGGAGAAACUGCUAAAGAAAUAGAAAGAUCAUUGCAUCUACCAUAUUUCAAUAAAAAAAUUUUGGCAAAUAAAUUUAAAAGUAUUUUAUCAAUUAGUGAAAGUCCAGAGAGUAUCAUUAAAAUAGCAAAUAAAAUUUAUGUAAAUAAAGGGAUUGAAAUUAAAUCAGAUUUUGGUGAAAUCUCAAAGAAUUUCUUCAAAUCAGAUAUUGAAAACCUAGAUUUUUCAAAAACUCUUUAUGCAAUAAAUACGAUUAAUAAUUGGGUACAAUUACAAACAAAUAACACAAUUAAAAAUUUAAUAGAUGGCAGCAAUUUAAACGCGAAUAUGGAUUUAAUUUUAAUCAAUACUAUUAAUUUUAAGGGUGAAUGGGAAAUUUCACCUCAAUCUCAAAAAAUGUUAUUUCAUAACAAUGGUGAAGUUGAAACAAAUAUAGUUGAUUGUUUAUUUGUUAAAGAUUAUUUUAAGUUUGCAAAUAUUGAAGAAUUAGAUGCAAAAGUUACAGAGUUACCAUAUAAAAACUCCAAUUUUAGUUUACUAAUUUUGCUUCCUAAUUUCAAUGAUAAUUUAAGCAGUUUAUUGGAGAAAUUUUCUGACAUUGAUUUAAUAGAAAUAACAAAACAAAUGCCUGUACAAGAAACGACAAUUAAAAUUCCAAAAUUUAUCAUAGAAAGUAAAUUGGAAUUGGAAAAUAUUUUGAAAUCGAUGGGAAUGAAAACAAUGUUUUCUAAUAGUGCUGAGUUUAAAUUUUUGGAUAAAAAUGUUAGCAUUUCUCAAGUUGUUACUAAAGCAUUGAUAGAUGUUAAUGAAGUUGGUACCAAUGCAACUGCUGCAUCAAGUUUAGUAGGUAAAAUAACACAAACACUAUCGGUUAAGAUGACCUUUCAAAUUUUCACUAUACUUGUUUCAAUUCUUGGAGUUACAUUAUCUGCUAGCACAGGUUCAACUGAUAUCUUUUCGAAUGGUGAAUUUACUUCAGAUCUUUUCGCUCACAUUACAAAAGAUGAGAAAACAAGUAAUGGAAAUUUAGUUUUUUCACCAGCUUCGAUACAAACCUGUUUAGCAUUAGCAUUUUUUGGUGCUGAAAUCAGUACAGCUGAUGAGUUAGCUAAAGGAUUACAUUUUAAUUCGGCUGAUAAAGAUGUAGUUGCUAAACAAUUUGAAAAUAUGUUACAAAUAGCACGGGGUCCUAAAUCUCUUAUGAAAUUAGCUAAUAAAAUUUUUGCUAAUAAAGAAUUUGAAGUUAAAUCCGAAUUCAAUGAGGUAGCAAGAAAAUCAUUUGAAUCAGAAGCUGAAACUUUAGACUUUGCAGAUUCGAAAAAUUCUGUAAGCAAAAUAAAUGAAUGGGUUUCGAAUAAUACAAACAAUAAAAUUCAAAAUCUUGUUGAUGAAUCAGUUAUAUCUCCAGAAACAAAAAUGGUUUUAGUAAAUGCAAUUCAUUUUAAAGGUAAUUGGAAAAUACCUUUAUUAUCACGCGAAGGAGAAUUUUUUAACGAUGGAACUACAGAAACAAAAGCAAAUAUGAUGUUUAUUGAAGAUGAUUUCUUAUAUUCAGAUUUAGAUGAUCUUAACGCGAAAGCAGUUAAAAUUCCAUAUGCUAAUUCAGAUUUGAGCAUGUUAUUAAUUUUACCGACUGAAAAAACUGGUAUUCAUGGUUUAGAAGAAAAAUUAAAAACAAAUAAUUUAAUAGAAAUAGCUAAUAAUAUGGUAACGCGUGAAGUAGCAAUAACACUUCCAAAAUUUCAAAUUGAAUCCAAAUUUGAUUUAAAUAAAGUUUUGGAAAAUAUGGGGAUGAAAGAAAUGUUUACAGAUGACGCAAAAUUCAAUUUUUUUAAAUCAACCGGAGCAUCAAAAAUCGGAAAAGUUCUUCAUAAAGCUUUUAUUGAUGUUAAUGAAUCUGGAACUGAAGCUGCUGCUUCAACGGGAUUAACCAUUGUGCCAACCUCCUUAAAUUUGAAUAUGAAAUAUUUUUACGCUGAUCAUCCAUUUUUCUUCGCAAUCGUUGAUAAUGCCAACGUAUACUUUAGUGGUCAUCUUACCCGUGUGUAGUUAAAUAAAGAAUUAUUUUAUAUAUUGAUCAAAUUUUUUUUGAAAAUAUAUUUUGUGUUAAAUAAGA